AUGGGCUACUGCGGCUUGGGUUACUUCAGCAGCAGAGGUCUCGAUGGUGCGGCAUGCGCCAGGCCCAGAAUGGCUGUUGGAAGGUGUCCUCCUCUAAGACGUGGAUGUGGCUUUGGUGCAGCUGGCAUGGGGUUUGGCUACAGAGGCUUUGGCCAUGGGGUUGGUGGAGUCUCCAGACCAUGCACUGUCAUACCCAUCACUAUCAACAAGCAACUGCUCCAGCCACUCAGACUGGAACUGGAUCCCAACGUGCAAACGGUGAAGAACCAAGAGAAGGAGCAGAUCAAGACCCUCAACAACCAAUUUGCUUCCUUCAUUGACAAGGUCCGAUCCCUGGAACAGCAGAACAAGGUGCUGGAGACCAAGUGGAGCUUUCUGCAGGGUCAAAAUCACAGCAAGAACACCAUCACGCCCAUGUUAGAGGCUUACAUUGGGAACUUGAAGAAGCAGAUGGAAGCACUGGGGUGCACCAAAGCCCAGUUAGAAACGGACCUGAAAGCAACCCAGCAGCUUCUGGAUACCAACAAGAAAAUGUACAAGGACGAAUGCAGCCAGCGGCCCUGCACCGAGAGCAAGUUUAUUGCCCUGAAGAAGGACAUGGAUGAUGUUUUCUUACACAAAGCAGAGCUGGAAGCCAAGGUGGGAAGCCUGAAAGAAGAGGCUGAAUUCCUGAGAAAGAUCUACAAAGAGGAAACCCAACGGCUGCAGGCCCAGAUCUCUGCUACUUCAGUGGUCAUCAAGAUGAACAAAAGCCAAGAUCUGGACCUGGGUGGCGUCACUGCUGAUGCGAGGGCUCGGUAUGAGGACAUUGCCCGCAAGAGCCGGGCAGAAGCACAAGCCUGGUGUGAAAGUAAGUUCAAGGAGCUGCGAGUUACUGCAGGCAGAAACACUGACAGCCUGCGAGAGACAAAAACCAAGGCAGCUGAGCUGACACGGAAGGUCCAGAGGCUGAAUGGAGAAGUCAAGAGCGCCAAGGACCAGUGCACCAAGCUGGAAGCCGCAAUGGCCAACGCUGAGCAACGUGGGGAGACAUCCAUCAAGAAUGCAAAGCAGAAGCUGUCCGAGCUGGAGGAUGCUCUGCAGCAGACCAAGGCAGACCUGAGCCAGCAGCUCCGCCAGUACCAGGAGCUCAUGAACGUCAAGCUGGCCCUGGAUGUUGAGAUUGUCACCUACAGGAAGCUGCUGGAGGGAGAGGAGAGCAGGUGAGU